UGAGCGCCGGAGAUCCGCUGCGUCUGGUGCUCUGCGCCGAAGCCGAAGACAGAAGACACUUCACGGGAUUGCCUUGAGAGUUUAUUCCAGUUCAGAUCCCUGCAGCUGCUGUUGGAUUGUAUUCUCCGAUCAGCAGCGGUAUAUCAUCAAUCAGCCCUGACAUGGCCAAGAGGAAGAUGGAUAGCAUCGGGCGGAGUGGGAUGAUGGCACUCAUACUGCUGUGUAAUCUAACAAAGAUUUUUGUGAAGGCAAGCCUAGAGGUAAAUGAAACCCAACAGCAGCAUCCAACCAACGUCUACCACGACAUGGGACUUACCAGGAACAAGAUUGUUACAGCACAGUUUGAGUGCUAUCAAAAAAUAAUGAAGGAUGAUACCCAAAGCAGACAAGAGCCCAUGUGCAAUCGCACUUGGGAUGGCUGGCUGUGUUGGGAUGAUACCAAGGCAGGUAUUAAUUCAGAGCAGCACUGCCCCGACUACUUCCAGGAUUUUGAUCCUUCAGAGAUGGUUACAAAGAUUUGCACAGAGAGUGGUCAUUGGUUUCUGCAUCCGGAGAGCAACCGCACAUGGACCAACUACACCCGCUGCAAUGAACACACCAAUGAAGGCCGAGUGACGGCAAUGAAUCUUUUCUACUUAGCUCUCAUAGGACAUGGCCUGUCACUGACCUCCCUCUUCAUCUCCCUCGGAAUAUUUUUCCAUUUCAAGAGUUUAAGUUGCCAAAGGAUCACACUUCACAAAAACCUCUUCUUCUCUUUUGUUCUCAACUCUGUGAUCACAAUCAUUUGGUUGACAGCUGUGGCAAACAACCAGGAGCUGGUGCAGAGGAAUCCAACGAGCUGUAAAGUGUCCCAGUUUAUUCAUCUGUACCUGUUUGGCUGCAAUUACUUCUGGAUGCUGUGUGAGGGAAUAUACCUGCACACUCUCAUCGUGGUGGCUGUGUUUGCUGAGAAGCAGCAUCUGAUGUGGUACUAUCUUUUAGGUUGGGGCUUUCCUCUCAUUCCGGCUACUAUACAUGCUGUUGCUCGAAGUUACUACUACAAUGACAACUGUUGGAUUAGCUCCAAAACAUCGCUACUCUACAUCAUCCAUGGUCCCAUCUGUGCUGCUCUACUGGUCAAUUUGUUCUUCCUACUGAACAUUGUGCGAGUGCUCAUCACCAAGCUGAAGGUGACCCAUCAAGCCGAGUCCAGUCUCUACAUGAAAGCUGUAAGAGCCACCCUCAUCUUGGUGCCUCUUCUGGGAAUUCAGUAUGUCCUGCUUCCGUACAAGCCGGAGGGACGAGUUUCCUCCGAAAUAUAUGACUACAUCAUGCACAUACUAAUGCAUUACCAGGGUUUGCUGGUGGCCACCAUCUUCUGCUUUUUCAACGGAGAAGUCCAAGCGGUUCUGAGGAGGCACUGGAACCAGUAUCAUAUCCAGUUUGGCAGCAGUGUAGGAAACCACUCCGACGCCCUGCGUUCAGCCUCCUACACGGCCUCAUCAAUCACAGAGGUACAGGGCUGCUACAGCAUCGACAGCCACACAGAACACAUGAACGGCAAGGGCUGCCACGACUCUGACGCCUCGAUCUUAAAGUCAGACAGCCCCUUCGCCUGACGACGACACUCCGUCCAAGCCCCGCCUGCCACUUAAAAACUGCAGCAUGUUUGGAGCUCCGUGGUAAACAGGGAAACUCAACUCUUCCUAUAGAUACAAUGUUGGAAGUGAUGAGUGAGGAAAAGGAUUUCAUACCCACCUGAAGGAAACCGUCUCCACUCUGUCACACUGACACAGGCCCUUUAACAGUACUGUACAGUGAGAUCUAUUCCUGCGCUGUCUUUUGUCUACAAUUUGACGCUGAACUGCUCCACUUGACCUAAGAUGCAUUCUGAUAAUCACAAUUAUGGUUGCAAUCUUUCUGCCUGACAAAAUAGUUUUUAAAUGGAUGAAUAUUAACUGCUUGGCUGUCCUUUUGGGGUCAUGUUGUGCACAUAAAGCCUUUUGUUACACUGUAAAUUCUUUUCACAUGGUUAGUGCCAAACCAGGAAAUCCUUGCCUGCCUCAUUAAUUUUUUUUAAAUUUUCGAUACAGAAUGAGAACGAAGAUAGGACAUCUAACAUGUGCGUAAUAAUAUAUUAAAGCUAUAUUAUAUCUUUCACGUUAAACUUAAUUUAUCUGAACGUAUUCUUGUUUAUUAAAUGAAAUUAAAUAAAUACCAUACAGUAUUUAUUAAUGUUGACAUGCUACAUUUUUUUCAAAAUUAGUCAAAUAUGACUUGUUGCCAUGUAAACUUUCAAUGUAUUUCCUGUUUGUUGCAGUGUUUGUUUCUAUGUGUGCAGUUAAUGCAGAUGAUUUACGGAGUCAUAUCGUUAGCUUCAUUGUUAGAGAUUUCAUCAUGCUAAUGUUUGAGCGUGUUUAAGUGAUCCUUAGUGACCUGUGCAUCCUGUAAACCACAUGGUAGGUUGUAUUGUAGCUUGUUGACACAAUAUUAUCACCGAGAAGCCAUCAUGAAAUCGCAUGUACUCCGAUAUCUACUCAUUACACUUGAAUGUAACCGUGAAGUUUGAAGACCUGGCUCUGAGCAUACUGUAUGUAUCACAUUCCCAUUCACUGCUGUCUUUAGCCUUACUCCUCUCAGAUGACUUUGAUAUAACCACGACAUAAGUGUUACCAGGUGUUCAGACCGAAAACAGCGCUGUGUUAAAAAUGCAGAGGGCUAACAGUGGGACGAUGAAAAAUGAUCCAGGAGGGCCAGUCUGACUUACAUAUCAGUGACUUUUAAAGGAUAGGUUAGAAGUCCAUUUUACAGUACUAAAAUACAGUACUGAUUCCUUGUUUUUGCACGAGCCGUGAAUUAUUCUUUUCAUAGUGCAACUACAUUGUUGGAAAUGGGGGACGAAAUCCACAGUCCUUGUUCAGUGUUCUAAAGUUCAGCCGAAGCUAGUCUGACUCACUGGGUGUAGACUGUGGCUGUAAACCUGUCACUGGCUGACUAUUUAAGCCGGCAUACUCCUUCCCUUCCUCUAUCUGCAUGUUGAUGUCUUCAAAAUCCCCCUUGCUACGGGAAACAACAAUAACGUCUAACCGAGCUAACCAUCCACACCCUGAAAAUUAGUUUGACGAUGAUAUGGAUCAUACUGUAAGGCACGCCUACUUCCUUUCUGUGGAUUGUUGUAAAGAUCUAGAAAUGUGAACACAUGUCGGAAAAGCACAGAUAUCAUCUUACAGGACUUUCAUGCAUGAUGAUGAGCCAUUUUCUGACCAAUUUAAAGAUUUGUUCCGAUUCACACAAGUUCUGUCAUAACAAUGUUCUGCAAGAGCCACAUAUAGUUAGCAAAUUGUCUGUGGUUAUAACACGUCCUUCGUUAUAAUAACAGGCACCCCCCAAAAAGUAUAGUAAGGCUUAACCUCUAGGGCAACGAUUAUCUAAUUAUGUUUGUCUCUUCUAUCAGUAAAAGUUGAAUCACAGUCUACAUACAACCUUUAGUGUUUUUGUGGCUUUUAAUACAAAGUUUUGUAAUCAAAAGGCCAUAACUUCAGAAGAUAACCACUACAGCCUAUUUGGCUAACUGGGACAACUGAGUCAUUCGCUCAUGGCUGAGAUUCGUUCCCUAUCUUGUAAAGUCUAGUUGUGCUACGAAGUUGCUUCACAGCUGGUAUAGAAAGAAGGAACAAUUACAAGACCAAUGGCUCUUUCAACAUACAUAUGGCAUGUGAGUAUUGUUUUGUAGACUUGAAAAAAAUCCGAACCCAUCCUUCAAAGCUCAUCAGACACUAAGACAAUAGGGAACUACGACACUAUGAGGAAAUAUUCUACGGCUUUGAAAAGUUUUGGUGGAAGUCAUGUUGUGUUGCGGCAAAAGUUGAGUCAAGUUUAACUUGUUUGCACAAUGACUCUCCUUUUUUUUGCGACUAAGCAGUGACCUUAUUCGACUGAAUGAAGGAGAUGCGUUUUUUCACACAGUGCUAAUGUCAGUCUGAACACAGCCUUAUUCAGAAGUGAUGAUAUUAUCACACAAGAAGCUGUGCAAAAAAAUACUGCAAAAAAACAUUCUUUGUAAAGCAUUUAGCUAAAGCAGGCUGUGUCUAAACCAGGUCAGAAGUCAUUUACAGUUAUGUUGUUAUUUCAUCCACACAAACCCCAAACCUUUAUGUACUUGUUCUUCAUUUCACAACAUUUUUAACACAUUGUCCACAGUGCUGGGAACAUAAGUCACUAUCAGCUGAUGUAAAUAUUUUUGUAAAUCUAGCGUUUCUGAGAAGAGGGCAAGUUGAACACGUGUGUGUGCAUGAUUUAUAUAUACAGUAUUUAUGAGUACAUUAUGCUCAGACGCAUUCAACCAUGAAGCAACUGUCUUAUGUGACAGUGUGUGGGACGUUGAUAAAGAAGUUGUUUGUUCUUCUUCUGUGUUUUGUAAAGGGAGGGUGGGGAAUGGGCUGGGGUUAAUAACUGGGAGCUUGCAACAAGCUGCUGUACCUGUCUGCUCAUAUAUUAUUUGCCAUCAUUCUUGUUAGAGUCUGUCAGCCUUCUGUUUUGCCUGUAUUUGAAGAUGAAGAAAGAAACGUACCACUGCCUUCUGUAUAAGUUAUUCAUGCCGUAUUACCAGAACAGACAUAAAUAUGUUUCCUGAAACAAUUAGUGUAAGUCUGAUAUGUGAAGACUCACAUUCAACCUUCCAAGGGCAUGUUUUCUUUACUAUUUCAGUGAAGACAGAAAUAUAAUCAAUUUUCCAAGUUAUUUUUUUUCUGCUUUCUAGUCAGCAACUUUUAUUUUUGGUGGAUGGAUGGUCAUUUUUUAAAAAUAUUUUUGAAUGUCUCAGUAUUUUCAUCAGUCUUUAAUACAACUGCAGUGACUUACAGUUAUUUAUUCCACAUGUCAGGUAAAGUGAGGUAUCUGUGAAAAAGUAUUUUUGGCUGCCAGUGUUUGAGGUAAAGAAUUAAUGUCAGACACAGUAAUAUAUUCUGAGUGCUCGAAGCGACAGGUAUCAGUAUCACACAUACGGUUUGUACUUUCUAUGUCAGAUCUGCAGGACAGUUCCUCCACUGAAUCAUGAAUUAAACAGCCUGUGUUUAUGACUGUCACAGUUCUGAUUUGCAGCCAGCAAUUCAUGUACAUUGACAGAAUUAUGAAGUCUUCAUAAACCAAGUCAUUUACUAUGUAGUGAUGCAUCAUAAUCUUUUCUGAAGCUACAAUAAUUUCAUCACAACUGUGGAAAAGCCAGAGACUUUUGGCAAAUGUAAUAACUCCUAUGUACCAUUAAGUUGUGUUAUUUAUAUGUGAAAUAUUUUCAUAUGACUCUCCAAAGGGUUUGUGAAGUCCCCAGUGACACUUUGGUGACAUGUUGUAAAGUAUGACAAAAGCAUUAAGGGCAAUGUCUGUGGUUUUGUUUAUACUGUACUGUAUUUAACUUUGGUAGUCUUGACACAUUGACUCCACACUGCUGUUUGAAUGUAACUGGUUGUGUUUAUUCUCUGUGAAAAACAUAUAUAUAUAUAUAUAUACAUUAUACAUAUAUUUACAUACAAUGUCUCUUUUUUAUUAUUUUACUGGAUUAGACAAUGUUGCUAUCUUGUGUGUAUCUGCAUACUACUAAUACAGUAUAGCACAGCACCAGCCACUGUAUUAUUUUAUUUUUUGUCUUAAUUGUGAGACUUUGUUGCUGCACACACACUGUCAAACAUUUCAUGUUUUUACCAGCCCAUUCUCACUCCCAGGUUGUCAGAUACCAGCGUUUUGUCACACCCAUCGGCGCAAAGGCACCCUAGCGUAUUUAGGAGACACACUGGGUUUGCAAUUAUCUCCAGUGUAAACCCAUCCAUGGGAAUACUUGAUGCUGAAAGCAACUGACGUAGUAAAAAGUGAGAAUGUCCAUGUAGGGUGGGGGGUGGUUGGGUCAAACAAAACUGGACUUUCACCCAGGUAAUCGCAGUUAGUGUCCUAUUUGGAACCUAAAGUCACCUAUGUUUUAAAGUAACAUUAUGUAAUUUACAUACUUACACCCCGUGUAAAACCAAAAGUAUGUAACUAAAAGUAUGUAAUGUAACUCUGCAAAUGGCAACAAAAACACUUCACUUCUGUUUACGUUCAACAAUGUUAUCAAACACAACGGAGCUAGCUCGCCUUUUAGCCUCAUUGUAGCCUGUAGCUCUAACUGCCUCUCUGGGCACCGUGUUCACGUGUGGGUGCUUGCUUUCGCUGGUCUCGCGCUGGCUGGUUGGUGCAGCCUGGACCAAAAUGUUUUUUGUUGCCAUUUGCGGAGCCUGGGCUGCCUACAGAGUUUUUCACAGCAUAUUCAGAGGACGUGUAGCCAGCGGAUCGUGAGGAGAUGUUUGCUGUAUGUGACAAAAACUUUUCAAGCUUAGGAAGACUUAGUGAUCCUUUAACCAGGUGUUACAAUGUGUUUCAUAUGUGUGUCAUCUAGAUAUCCUAAAGGGUGCCAUGUGCAUCACUAUCAGAUGCCGAAGGGCAUGACAAAGCAUUGAUAUUUGGCAAGCUGCAUGAGAACAGGUUGGUUUUUCCUUUGGACUUUGUGUGAGGGUUGGUCCAGCCUCCAGUGUGAUGAUUUGCUAGUGGUCCAUGUUUACAUGUGUUUGCUGGGAAGUCUUAGCUGCAUUAGUGAUAAACAAUUAAUGUGCACAACUGCUUUAUAUCUCAGUACUACACCGAUGUGCAAGUAAAUAAAUAGCACACCUUAAA